AUGCAUUGUUUGAUUACAGUCUUUGCUGUUUCCGUAGCACUAGCUAGCGCUGGCUACGUCGAACACUAUCAAGGUGCCACGAGUUUUAGCUCGUUCGAUCUGAAGUCAUCGCCGAUCGCAGGCAACGGGCUGGUACACACGAACGGUGCACCGUACGCGGUAAAAGGUUCGACCGAUCACGCAGCGGUUGGGUACGAAACGAAGCCAGUAAUUAGUACGGUUUACGCAGCACCGAUCACGAAAACGUUGACCUACAGCAGUGCUCCCAGCCAUCAUUAUGUCGCUCCCGUACAGGUGCGGGAGUGUGCGCAUAAGCUCGUCACACCGGUACAAACCUCAGUAACGUACGGUGUACCGACCACGGCAAGCCAAACUGGCUGGAGUCAUUCGGGAUCUUCCGGGUCGGGAUAUCAACAAUCGCACACUACACUAGCCCAAAAAGCCCCUGUAGGUUCCUAUGGUACGAGUUCGACGGUCGGACAUACGGUAUCCCACCAUUACUCCACACCGGCGUCAAGUAGCAUAAUUUACACACCACCCAAAAUAGCUCAAACAAUCACCACUGGUGCUUACGGUGGUUCUUUUGGCGGUUACAAGGGACACAGUCAACCGGCCCCUAUCAUAGAAACUCUGGUUGACGUAGCACCUCCAAAGCUAAUCCACGCGCAACCAUCCCCAUCCUAUGGAGUUCCCGCGACAGACUCCAAUUUCCAUCCGAUCUCUCAGAUCACACCCGUCACUAGUCUGCACGGUAUCGCACCAAUCAAAACGACAUCCAACUACGUAGCAACGGGAAGUCAUGCCACAUCGCACCAAUAUAAAGCAGCCACCAUUCCGGUGAAGUCUACCCCAGCGUACUUUAUUGCACCCGGGCUUGCCACAUCGGGAAGUGCUUCGUGGAGUGAAGCAUCCAAAAACCAUGGCCAUAGUUUUACUACCACCCACAGCAGUACCAACGCGCAGCAGUAUUUACCCCCGAAGGCGACCGUAAUUGCUCCAAUUGCUGUAACAUCCUUCGCACAUUCAUCGUCGAAGGAUACCCCACCCAGUCCAUCUCGUGAAUAUCUGCCCGCGCGCGAAUAUCUUCCACCGCCGCAGGGCAUUAAAGGUACUGCUGCUUACGUUACUACCGGUAGUGUUGGAUCCGUUUCGUACGAGGUACCGCAGAAGCUGACUGUUAGCAAAGUGAUUCCACAGCAACAAACUUACCAUUCCACUAGCUCCUCUGCCACCACUAAUCACGUGUCUCGCGGGGCACAGUACGGGACUGCGGCGAUUCUAUCCCCACUGCACGUCCAUACCAUCCACAAAACGCCCGUUCUAGCUUACACCCCAAAGCAUCACUGUACCGAAGACCAUUAG